AUGCUGGAAAUUCUUCGGCCAUUCUUGAGAUGUUUGCGGGAGGGCGAGCCCACCCAACCGAUAUUCUUGCUCCCUCAGGAAAUUCUCUUCUUCAUACAUGGAAGGGGCAUUGACAUGCUUGGGCUUUGCCGGAUCAUUCUAGGCUCAACUAAAGCAUUUGACUUGGACUUUCUGAAUCAGCGCGGAAAAACCCCACUCAUGCAGUGUUGUCAAUUCAUGCUAGAAAGCAGCAAAUCAUAUGAGAGGAUGCAGCCGAUGGCAAAUAUUCUCAUAGAGAAUGGUGCCGAUCUCUCCAUUUGCGACAAAGUUGGACAGUCGUCAUGUCUUCUGAUGUUCCAGAUGCCUCAAGGAUUCGAUUACUUCGAUGAGGUUCUGUAUAAGUUCAUUGACCUCGACAUGCUUCAGAACCUCCGCCCGACAGAUCUGUGGCUCGUGGCGUCUUUAGCACGAUCAAUCCCUUCCUUUAAGAGCAAGCUCGAAGCUGAGUUCCAAGGGAUACGAACACCUAUCGGGAUCUCAUCUAUUAUCCGUCCCCGCAUCGAACAUCUGCCCGAGCUGGAUCCUCAAAAGCAAGCAUCAUGGUCAAAGAACAUGAUUGAGCCCUUCCUCAAAUGUGGCAUUGACAUCAAUGAAACGGAGAUGUCAAAUGGCAAAACAUACAUUCGUCAUGCGGCCAGAAAAGGAAACCUGGAAGUUGUAAUGGCUCUUAAUCAGGCAGGAGCUAGCUUGGAGCAGGUGGAAUGGGUAUCUAAGAGCACCAAUCUAUGUGCCUCAGUUUUGGAGGAUUUGCUCGAGCGCUGGGCUUUAAUCACUCAACGAAAGCCUAUUCCCGGCAUUCAGAGAUCUUCACCAGACCCAGAACUUUGGACACUGCCGUGGCUUCUGAGGCAGCCGAAUCACGAGAGUCACAACGCUUUAUACGCCGCAAUGGGAUGGGAAGCACAUCUUCCUCCUGUAAUCGCGCCACUCCUAGAGUAUGGGUAUGUUCGGAGGGAUGGACAACCCGCCAAAACAGACCACGGCCAAAGGUGCGGCUCAGAGGUGGUAGAUGCAACGAAGAAUAGGAAACCUUACUUUUAA